AUGACGGCGCCUUCUUCAUCCAGUUCGCCACCCAUCCUUCGAGCAAAAGUUACCAAGCGCAACGGCGUGAUAUCAUGUAGCGUAGAAGAGACCAACCGUAUCCGAGCCGCUCUCGGCAUCAAGCCGUUGCGAACAAAGCCCGAACAAACUGCAAAACAUGAAAACGAGCUCCUAGCAACCGCACCCUCAACACUGCGAGCUACUGUAACAUCAAAGAAUGGCGAAAUAACCUGUUCCGUCGAGGAAACCAAUCGCGUCAGAGCAGCUCUCGGGCUUCGACCGUUGCGUACAGAGAUAUCAGCUGCAAAAGAAGAACCUGUGGAAGACAAACAAUCAUCGCGGAAAGCUCAAGCUUUAAAGGAAAGACUGGAGAGGGCGAGACGUGCGCGAAAGACACGCGCUAGAGCAGUUGGUGUUCGCUCGAUUGCGGAGGAGGCCUUAUUGGAGGAGGACAGUGAUGAUGUUGACGAGGCUUCUGGGCUUAUGGCGUGGGUUGCUCGCUCUCGUCAAAAAGAAGCUAGUGUAGAGUCGAAGGGAAAAUCAAAAGCGUCUCCACGGGAGAGGAAGGCGGCCCGUGCCGUGAACAAGGCUAGCGCGAUCAGUCAUUCCGCGAAGCCAGCGAUUCAGGGAUCUCCUGCUCAAGGCGAAAUUCUCACGCUUGCAGAUGCCCCAAUACUUCCAGAGAACAAGACGGACGGAGACAGCGAUCCUGCGGAGGAUGCUCUGGUAAAUCCGUUGAAAGUCGUGAAGAAACGGCCCCGAUCGCCGGAGAUUUGUGGGGCCACAUACGACGGCACAGAUACUAAAGAGUUUAGCGCUGGCAUGAAAAUUAACCCUGGUACGAUUUCCAUCGAGCCUACUGCCUCACCUGUUGUCGAGAGCGAUUACAAAGGAGGCCGUAAAGCAGAUAAUGAUACAGCAGUUCGGAAGCACCGAAAGCAUGAACAGAGCAAGCGGGGCAAGAAGAGACGCCGCGUAAGUGAAGUAGAGCAGGACGGUCAUGGUGAACCACAAAGAAUGAGCGCUGAUCCGCAAGUGAAAAAGGGACGCAUGGAGGAGAUACGGAAAGCCGCCAAUAGCGCAGCAAAUAUGUACGACGAUAGCGAUGAUGACGAUCCUUUCUACACAAAUCUCGCAAAGGCUACGCGCAGAGCAAAAAACAAAGAGAUCAAGUCAAGUGUUGAUACCAUUCUUGAGGCUAUUGAUCGCGCGAACGCUGCUGUCGUGAUUGAAGGAAACGAGGCUGCCGCUGCUGCGCACGAUGCAGAGCGAAGUGUCUACAACGAAAUGGAGCAAUUCCUACAGAAGAUCCCGACUGCGCAGGGCUCUAGUGAUGGGAAGGUUAACGGUAAAGGGGACGGCGAAUAUUCCACUCCGCCGGAAGGGAAGAAAGAAAAUGGGGCUGGCUUGCAGAAGACUGCAAGAGAAACAGAAGAACCUCCAGGAAAGGUUAUCAAGCAGGCAGCAAAUGAGAAUAGUGCGAGUGGCUCCGUGAGAGAAGCUGAGGAGGCUCAAGAUGUGGAGUUAUCGCUACAGCCGAUCGUGGAGCCAGUGGGCCUUGCUGCCUCUCCUAGUGCGGACAACGGAUUGGCUGCUACUUUGCGGAGAUUGAGGGCCAUGGGGGAGCUGAAACACAAACCCAACCAAAUGGGAAGAGCGCGUGACAAGCGGUUUGACGAGUCAACCGGAACCGAAACCCGGGAGAAUGGCAGGCGGGAAAUCAAACUCUCCUACACGGACGAAUACGGCAAUGAGCUGACGAGGAAAGAGGCAUUCAGAAUGCUUUGCCAUAAGUUUCACGGCAAAGGCCCAGGCCAAAAUAAGAGAGAAAAACGCUUGCGCAAGAUGCUGGAGAGCACAAAGACGCUCCAGAUGCAAGCAGAUGACACGCCGCUUGCAUCUGCGGCUGCUUUGAAGGAAGAAACGCGCAAGUUAGGCAAAGCACAUGUGGUUCUUUCAGGACCAGAAGCACUGGCACGUGGUUUGGCACUCUCCAAGCUACCUGCGAAAACCAAGGAAAGUAGUCUUUCCAAGGUUCGGCAGACCCGUGAAGCGAAGAAAGAACCUGAACCCGAGGAAGAAAAAGUCAGCAUUCUUUCCAGCACUGGAGGCAGGGGAACCAGCAGAAAGCGUCGCUAG